AUGUAUUCGACUCCCGAGGAGAUUGAUGCCGCCGUCGCAGCCUAUAGAUCCCACAUCUCGAACCGCAAUCGUCGUGCUGUCCAAGUUUACGUAUCGCUGGUCUCCGACGCAGAUUUCGAAGAAGGGGAUGACGAGGGGGAUGAAGACAUCAACGACGUGCGCAUACAGAGCUUAUGGCCCAUAUUUGACAACCGGCUCGGGACUUUCGUCUCCACACCAUCUCAAAUCCUCACCCGCUGGGACGAACUAUGCUCCAUCUACGAUAUGGACGGUACAGGCGGACGCGUGCCUUCCGAAGAGGAGAAAGCUCUUCUCGAGGACUACUUCUUGGCAAUGGAACAAGACUUGAAGAGGUCAUGUCGGGAGGAGGUACGACAGACAAUUAAAUUUCCUGAAGAGUUCCGCCUGCUGGCGAAACAAGUUCAAGCGCUUACCGGGCCCGGCAUGACGGAGUAUAAGUCGAAGUACCAAGCAUCCUUUUGGACCGGGCCGUGGAUUCCGACUGCUGAGACCGAAAAUCAUCUUCCCAACAUAAUCAAGAGUCCCGAGUGGCUGGAGGAGAAUGUGGUUAGCUUUUGUUGGGACGUUGCCGCGGGAUGGGAAUCGGGCGUUGGCUAUGACUGUUGGUCCUACGUUGUCUACUGUCGGAGGGCUGCCGAGAAUGACGAAGCCAGCGCUUGCGCCGAGCCAUGGGCCUGGAGGUACAUGCUGAAUGACAUCUACGGCCAAGAAGUUUUCAAUACCAUUCCAGAGUUGUUGGCGUGGUAUUACCGUUAUCGUGAGAGGUCAUUGCCUGAUGCGUCUAGCAUGACGGGAUAUGAGAUUCUGACUGGCAAAGUCCUCAGUUAA